UACAUGCACUGUUUUGCUUCCAGUACUUUUUGAAAAAAAAAAGGAUCAUUGGAUACAAGGAGUGCACACACAGAAGAAACAUUUGCUGAAGAAAUCCACAGUGAUUGAAAGAAGACCUGGUUUGUACUCAUUGGAUCUUCCUUUCUGUGUUUUCUUCCACGAGAAGAUAAAAACAAACUGGUGACCAACAGUGACACGAACCAGGACUUUUGGAAUAUUACAAUAUAAAUAAGCAGGGAUAAAACAAAAAAGAAAAGACCUUCACAAUAAAACCCCUGGAUGCCAGAGGUUUGUAUGAUAUGUUUUUGAAGUUCAUAUCACAUUGUUCAAUAAUUGACAGGGUUAUCAUUUAUUGUAUAUCUAUACAAUAACUUAUGGCUUUACAAGAUGUAUGCGGCUUGCACGAUGCCCCUCUGCUCCCUCAAUGGAGUGCUCCACUCUCACAGUCCUUUAUGCCCGAAAAUUCCACUCGUCUGUUCGGAGGAGGGAUUUAUGGAGAGGCUUCUUGUUCAUGGCUGCCUAGGGGGGGCGCUGUGAGUCCCCUGGAGUUUUACAUGCCGGUUGCCGAGUACCUCACGGAAAGUCCUAUAGAGUUCGGUCAAACCAGCCUUGGUUCGUCCACUACAAAUCUGCUGACUGUCGACCAUCUACAGCCCUCAUUACCAUCAAUCUCUCUUCCUACCCCCUCACCCUGCUUAAUCUCUCCGGCCGUCCCUUUGCCUUUCGCGCUCUCUCAUGGCACUACCACUCUGGGCUUUGCGUUUCAGGGAGGUGUGAUCGCGGCAGCUGACACUCGCUCAAGUUGUUCGGGUUUGGUGGCCUGUCCUGCAUCCCCAAAGGUCUUACCCAUCCACUCUCACCUGGUGGGCACCACUUCUGGGACCUCGGCUGACUGCGCCCUCUGGAAACGCAUCCUGGCACGAGAGCUCAGGCUCUACCAGCUUCGGUAUCGCCGCAGGCUGUCAACAGGGGGCGCUGCCAAACUCCUGUCACACAUGCUUCAUCCAUUUAAAGGCACAGAGCUGUGUGUCGCAGCCACCCUGUGUGGAUGGGAUGGAGAUGAGGUAACUGGGCUCGAUGUAGAAGAGGAACCGAUCACUGGGAGAUAUGCAAAUACACAGCCAACCAUGAAGAGAAACACUCAAACAACAGCAAGCAAUUUAAGUAGCCAAUCAGCAUCAAGUUUCGAAGCAACAUCUCAACCAAUUACAGGAGGUGAUGAAAAUGCUCUGUCAGUUUUAAAGGCUGCAGCAUGUGAAACUAAAGCUCAACUUACUGUGACCACACCAGUGAGCUCUAAAGACCUUAGCGUGGUUCGUUCGAGAGUAUCUGGUCCACGUGUUGUGUAUGUGUGUAGCGAUGGACGACGUUUGCAAGGAGAUCUCUUCUCUGUGGGAUCUGGAUCACCUUAUGCAUACUCAAUCCUAGACAGCAGUGUUUACUGGGGUAUGAGCGUAGUAGAGGCAGCUUCAGUUGCCAGAGAAGCCGUGUACCGCGCCACACAUAGGGAUGCAUACUCGGGAAAUAACGUUGAUCUCUACCAUGUUACUGCCAAAGGAUGGAGACGCAGACAGAGGGAGGAUCUGAAAGAGGAAUAUUACAGAGAAAAAGAGAGGGAGAGAAAGAGGACAGCAGACAGAAUGAUAGAAAAGACAGUAAUGGCUAAGUGAUCAUUUAUUUUGAGGGGAAAUGUUUUUCUGUUCAAAACAUUAAAUAAAAUACAGCACCAGGA